GCAACACCAGGAGUGGAUAUCGCGCGAAUCAGCGGUCGUUUGAGAUUUUUGAUCGCGGACGUGGACAGCCCGCGCCAUUUCCAGCGGCCAUCAGACGCGGUAGUGUGAAGAGAAGGAGUUGCGGAUGGAACCCAAUACUGCUGAACUUCGCCAAUUGAUGGCAGCCGCCGUUCGAAUGCGGGACGAAGGGCGAACAGGCGAUCCCAGGUACCAACAAAUUGUCGCGGUGCUCCGUGCACACCAGCAACGUGUCGCCGACGCGCGACAGAGUCAAACGACGUCAGGAACCCCUUCCAUAGCCGGAACGCCAACUUCCGCGUCCUCAGACUCGCAAGUGAACGUUGAUGCGGCAAAUGGUGGGAGGCAACUCGCUGCAUCGUCCAAAGCCCCAACUAUCACAUCAAGGCAACCGACCUCCACGAGCCAUACCCCCGCUACAUUCAGCGCGAAGCGACCAAUGACAACCACCCCAAAUGCUUUAUCUUCGACGGCGGCACCCACGGGAGCUCCAUCUCAGAAGAAAUCUGUAUUCACUGAAGCCCAACUGACACAUCUGCACCAACAGAUCCGAAAGUUCAAGUUGCUCAGCCGAACUAUGGACGAACUCCUCGCAAAAGACACAGAACUGCUCAAAACAACGAAUGUUCUUGCUCCUGCUCCACCCGUUGUAGCCUCAGAGGCUAACGUUGUCACUGCAACUCCAGUAAAGAGCGAAUCUCCUGCGGACCUUAUUAUUGAGAAGAACUCUGCGAUCGCCCCAGUCAGCACCACCCCUCCAUUAAUACUGCUCAAGGAUCCAACCAAGACGAUCGUGCCUAUCACCAAGAGAGAAGUCACAGCAUUGUCUGUGCCGUACCAGAAAGGAGACAAAAAGCUCGUGUACAUCGCCCCUCCGGAACUGGAACAGUUCGUUCUCCCGACGCUCUUCGAUGAGACCGACGAAGAUGGCGCCGGUUCCACCGACAAGUUGAGCCAGCUGCAAGCACAUUUGCGCAGCCAAAUGAUGCUGGCAUACCACGUCCAGUUGGCCAGGCUGGGGGAUCCCGUCACGGUCGACCGCAAGUGGUUCAAACGAAAGCGACCGGUCUUGUCCGUGUACGACCCAAGCGAACGCGAGCGCCGCAUGAAGUCACUCACGAACGAAAAAAAGCGCCGCGCUCAGCGGCACGUGUACUUGCGGGCGGUCGUCGCGCAUUCCCGCGAGUUCCAGAGCUUCCACAAGGCUCGAGUGUCGGCGUUAGCCAAGGUCUCUCGAAACGUUAAGUCCUUUGUCGAGUCUAAGGCAAACAAAGCCGAGCGUGAAGAAGAUCGACAGGAGAAGCUUCGUCUCAAGGCACUGAAGGCCAACGACAUGGCUGCCUACUCGAAGCUCGUGGCCGAGGCAAAAAACGAACGAUUGACGUAUCUGUUAUCACAGACCAACACGUACUUGGACAGCAUUCGAGCGCUCGUGAAGAGCCAUCGCGAAAAGUUUGGGCUAGUUGUCGGGUCGUCCAAGGCGUCGUCAGCGGGCGAUGUCGCCACUGCCGAAGAAGACGUCGACGAAGAACUUGAUUACUUGGGCAUUGCUGUCAGCAGCGAAAUGCCCCGUCAGCCUCAGAUGCUCGUGGGGGGUGACCUGAAGGAAUACCAACUUCGGGGGUUGCAAUGGAUGGUAUCACUCUAUGACAAUCGGCUCAACGGCAUCCUGGCGGAUGAAAUGGGCUUGGGCAAAACAAUUCAGUCGAUUUCACUCAUCACGUACGUGAUGGAAAUGAAGCACAACCUGGGGCCGUUCUUGGUUGUGGUGCCGCUCUCAACAUUGUCGAAUUGGGUCAAUGAGUUUCGGAAGUGGGCGCCGGACAUUACCCUCGUCGUGUACAAAGGCCACCCGCAAGCUCGGAAGGACAUUUUUCGACUGGAAAUGGCCAGCGUCCAAUUCAACGUGCUCUUGACAACUUACGAGUACAUUAUGAAGGACAAGCACGUCCUGCGCAAGUACGACUGGCAAUACAUCAUCGUGGACGAAGGCCAUCGCAUGAAAAAUGCACAAAGCAAGUUUGCCAUGACGCUUGGGUCCCUGUACACAUCGCGAAACCGGCUUCUACUCACGGGAACACCGCUCCAGAACUCGCUGCCGGAAUUGUGGUCGCUACUCAAUUUUCUCCUGCCGACGAUUUUCGAAUCGGUCGACAACUUUGAACAGUGGUUCAGCAAACCGUUUUCCCACUUUACGGGCACGGGCGAAACGAACGAACUCAGCGAUGAAGAACGCAUGCUCAUUAUCAAUCGGCUCCAUCAAGUGCUUCGUCCGUUUCUGCUCCGACGUGUCAAGAGUUCCGUGCUCGAUCAACUGCCCGACAAGGUCGAGCGGGUGCUGCGAUGCGAACUGUCGGGAUGGCAAAAGAUCAUGUACCGCCGCAUCCAAGAAGGGGGGUCGCUUCUCAUGGAGGGCUCGUCCGGCGGUGGACAUGACGAUGACGCGAAGAAGUCGUCGUUCACGGCCAAGGGACUGUCAAACAUUUUGAUGCAACUGCGAAAAGUGUGCAACCACCCAUACUUGUUUCAAACGCAAGGGUACCCGAUUGACUUCGACAUUGUCCGGUCUGCCGGCAAAUUUGAGCUCCUCGACCGCAUGCUUCCGAAGCUGCACGCAGCCGGCCAUCGCGUCCUCAUGUUUUCGCAAAUGACGCAGCUCAUGCAUGUGUUGGAAGACUAUUUUAAUUACCGAGGAUUCCGCUAUUUACGGUUGGACGGGUCGACCUCCGCGGACGAGCGCGAGCAGCGCAUGUUCAUGUUCAACGCGCCAGACUCGCCGUUUUUCAUUUUCCUCCUGAGUACUCGUGCCGGCGGCCUCGGGCUGAACUUGGCGACGGCCGACACAGUUGUCAUUUUCGACAGCGAUUGGAACCCUGCGAUGGAUGCCCAAGCUCAAGAUCGCGCCCAUCGCAUCGGGCAAAAGAACGAAGUGCGCGUGUUUCGCUUGAUCACAAACUCGCCAAUUGAAGAAAAGAUCCUGAGCCGCGCGACGGAGAAGCUCAACAUGAACAACUUGGUUGUCGAAGCCGGCAAGUUUCACGCCAAGUCGAAGGAAGCGGAUCGACGUGCGAUGCUCGAGUCGCUCAUCAAGAUGGAAAACGAAGAAGCGUCUGAGGAAGCGCUUGUGAUCGACAACGACGAGCUGAACUCGAUCAUGGCGCUCACGCCGUCGGAAGAAAAACUGUACCAACAAAUUGACCAGGAACGAGCAAAACAUGAGCGCCAUCAGUACGGCGCAACAUUUAACCGACUCAUGACCACCAGCGACGUGCCGUCCUGGCUCAAGGAAGCUGACGCGGCCGAAGCAUUGAAGGAGCACGUUCCAUCCAACGAGUUAAGUGUCAACGACUUGGACAGUCUCAAACGAAAGCGCAAAGACGUGUCGUAUCGAGAUAUGUCCGAAGCACAAUUUACCAAGAUUCUUGAUGACGGUGGCGGCGACGACUCGGACGACAGUAGAAAUUUGAUGAAGAUGAAGCCGUCCAAAAAGCACAAAUCAGGCAUGAGCGUCCCUAGUGCGACUUCCUCCGGCAGCUCCAGUGGCAACUCCUACAUUGUCGAGGUCACCCAAGAGCGCCUGCGAGUCGUGUACGACGCUGUCCUAAAGGCAAAAGAUUCAAAGGGCCGUCUCCGCCACCUGCUCUUUAUUGAGAAACCAUCCGCGACUGACUACCCGGACUACUACUCAAUUGUGAGCCAUGCCAUGGAUCUCCAGACAAUCGAAGAGCGCAUCGAGAUGGACGAGUACACGUCGUUUUCCAUGCUUGAAGCCGACUUCAAGCUCAUGUUUGACAAUGCCCAGCUGUACAACCACCGCGACUCGCUCGUGUACCACGACGCGGCCGAAAUGGCCAAAAUCGUCAAGACCAAGCUGAAUGCGUACAAAAAGGCAACGAAAAAGAAAAAAUAAACGUUUAUGUAAAGUACCCUGCGUCGACGACGUCUGUCGCGACCGGCGCGUCCAGUUUGCUAGGUGUCGUCGCGCCUGCCUGCUGAAAGAUCUUGUACUCGCGCUAUGAUUCCGUCAGUGCGGACAGCCCGCAAACUUACGUACCUCGAGCUGGUCGUCGACGCUCAUGACCGAUGCCAAGUUGCCAAACCUCAUCACGUCACGCUC